GGACUUACGUAUGCAUAACUUUUACUCUCAGGCUAAUUCCUGAUCAUCAACACAGUAGAAAAUGUAUGUAGCGGUCUACUGUAUUUUAAUCGUUGUGAGAUACACGUACGCGAAUCAAUGUAACGAUCAAGACGUAAAAACUUCUUCUGCUUUGGUGUGGAACGAAAGCCCAACGAAUUGCUCGUUUAAUAUUAAAGUAGUCAACAGCAGCAAUGCGUUGGCAAUGGUGGUUCGUUUAUAUGCUGGUGCUAACUACCAAGGACGAGUCAUGAUCGGAAAUGAAUCUAUGACGGGGAAGGAAGGUUUUUGUCGGAUAUAUCAGCUAAACAAGGCAAGUGACGAAUGGAUGUCUUGCACCAGUGUAUAUAACUCUAAUGGGUUAUGCCAACAACGUGUGCUGAGCGAUAACAUGGACCUUCCAAUACAACUGAACGAUCUAAAAGAUCUAAUUCUUACCACCAACAUAAUAAUGAAAUCAGAUUGCUCAGUUAUACGUGUGGCGGUCGGUAGCUCACACAUGGUAGGUCUGGUUAUAGCUGUUUCCUGUGUUGCUUUAUCAAUCACUGGGAUCUCCGUUGCGUGGGCAUGCUGUACUUAUACCAAAUGGCGAAAAUAUCACGUUAAAAAUGACGCCCCGAUGCUCCAGUUUAGAACCUCCUCGGUAGAGAUUGUGGAAUCACCAUACCAAGUAAUUGGUGACGCGCAAGCUAACAAGCAGACCCACACAACUGUAGAGGAUGUACCGGUAAGCACACAAGCGGCGUGCACAAGCCCGGAUGUUGCGACGACUGUAGAAAACGAACCACAGCAUUAUAUGACACCCAAGUCAUUGCGAAAAUUAUCGUCUGGCAAAAAGGCGGGUAAAAAAUCCGCUAAGAAACGAUUAAAGUCGCAAAGUAGCGUGAGCGACGUGACCUAUGUAUCGAUGAAAAAAUCGCCCAAAAUGGAGAAAAAAGUUGACUCGCCACCACAGACAAGUAAAGCUACAUCAGCGGAAACAAACGAUGGUGUAUACAGCAAAUUACAGUUAGAACCACUAAGUAUGAAUACUGCAUUACCAGUACCGCCUACACCCAACAUUGAUCUUAAAUCACCAAGCACCCCUGGAAUAGAAUAUGUUUUUCCAGAAGAUGAGGAAGAUGAGCAAAAAAAGCUGGAAAACCCGUACGAGUAUAUCACAUCUAAUGAAAGAUUCAACCAGAGGGUGAAGUCUAUAGCGCAGUAUGAGUUUGUAUUUGGAAUUGACGGCCAACCUACAUCUCGCAGUGGAAGCAACGCUUUCGUGGAUAACAAUGAAAAUACAUCUGAAAACUUAGAAGAAGACACAAAGACGGACGACGUAAAAAAGACGAUGGUAAACGAAUUGUACUCACUUUCUCAAAAUGAUAAACGAGACAUGGAUCAAAACCUGAUGAAGUCAAACAUAUUGUACGAACCAACUGAUUUAAACACAAAAGUUACAAUCAUUGAGCCGGGUGAAGCAACACAAGUGAAAAAACAUGGGGGUGGCAACGAAAUGGAUGAUACAAAGGAAAAGGAAAUUCAGAUUAAUCUACUGUACGACAGUUCACCGAAGGAAGAGGGAAACAUGGCAAGCGAAGCUAUGAUUACAUCAGUGGUAGAUCCAGAGGUAUGCGCUGGCAACAACGAAGAACCAAAUGUGUUAUUGGAGGAAUGAACAAUAUCUACCAUAAACAAACUGUCAUUUAUUUCAAUAACUAUUUUCCCUUUAUAUAACAGGGUGUGGGGAAGAUAGGACACCAUUAGCACAUAUUAUCAAAAAAUAUCCCGAUCUUGUUUUAAACACCUAACAACGGUCUAUGGGAGUCGUGAGAUGCGAUUUCAUAACUCUUUGAAAAUUAUUUGUUUACCACCAAAUGUGACGAGAAAAUGCAAUGAAAAAAGUGUCCCAUUUGCCCCCAACUUGCUAUAUAACGAUUACCACGGCUCACUAAAAAUAUAGUAGUCCAUGCACUCACAUACUUUACGCUUUGUAAAUACACGCCUGCUGGUUAGCAUCUGUAUAUAAACGUCUAGAAUUCGCAUGUCCUACUUUUUGAAGUAAUAAUCCAUCAGCAGGCAAUAUUUUUUGUAAAUAAAUAAACUUUAUCCCGAUAUAUGA